AUCACAUGACUGGAACAUUCUGCCUCAUGACUCGCAGAAUCUGCUGCUAGACACCGAACUCGCUUUAUAACUGACAGACAGCACAGGUCCGCGCGGAUCAUCUAAAGAAAGGUACGCGGAGUUUGUUACGUAACGUUAGUGUUCUGCGCUCGGAGUCUGACGCGUUUUCUGAGGCAUGACGGUGAAACGGAGCUCCGCUGCAGGUGUCUGCUGGACCCUACUGAUGGGGUGUGUGUUUGCAGCUCACGCUGUGACGUUUGAGGUGAUGGAUGGAAACUCCACCUGCAUUAAAGCAGAUCUCAACAUCAGCUUCAGCAUCACCUACAACACCACCAAUGGAACGAGCGCGGCGAGGUUUGUGCUGCCGUCCACAGCAGCGGUGGGUGAAGGUAGUUCCUGCGGCGGAGCUGAUGUUCCUCCAGAGCUGCUGGUGUCCUUCAGCACGGGUCACACUCUCACACUCCUGUUCUCCAGAGACACACGCCUCUACCGUGUGGCCACCAUCAGCCUGCAGUACAACCUCAGCGACACCAGCACCUUCCCACAGUCCUCCAGCCCUGGGCUCCUGACGGUGAUGAGGAACGUGACGGAGAUCUGGGCGAGGUUAAACAGCACCUACAGGUGUGUGAGCCCCAGCAGCAUCAGUCUGAGCCCCGAGGUCAACCUCACCUUCUCUGAUGUGCACAUGGAGGCUUACAUGAGCGGAGCCAACCUCAGCACGGACGAGAGCGUUUGCAGUGCUGAUCAGACGGUUACGACCGCUGCCCCGACUCAGUCACCCAGAACCACGUCCGGCCCGUCUCCCACCCCGACGCCCGCUCCGCUGCGAGGGAACUACACCCUCACUGACCACAACGGCACCGCCUGCCUGCUGGCACUGAUGGGGUUACAGCUCAACAUCACACACCGCUCCAGAGCCCUGAACCAGAUGGUCAGCGAGGUCGUGAACCUGCAGCCCAACAGAACCACAGCCUCGGGGUCGUGUGGGGUCACGGUCGCCACGCUGGUGCUGACGGAAGAUCUCACCAACCUCACCUUUACCUUCACACUGAACUCCACUACACAGAAGUUUUCCCUGAGCGCUGUGAACGUCUCUGCCCUCUGGCCUGACAUGACAGACCGGUUCGAGGAGGGAAACGUCUCUCUGAACUUCCUGCAGUGCAGCGUGGGCCGCUCGUACAUGUGCAGCGCCGAGCAGACGCUCUCGAUCGUGCCCAGCUUCUCCAUAAACACCUUCAGACUGCAGCUGCAGCCCUUCAACGUCACGGCCGGACGCUUCUCUGCAGUGGAGGAGUGCCGUGUGGAUCAGGAGAACAUGCUCAUCCCCAUCAUCGUGGGUGUGGCUCUGGCCGGUCUGGUGCUCAUCGUCCUCAUCGCGUAUCUGAUCGGCAGGAAGAGGACACACGCCGGAUACCAGACCAUCUGAUCACCUUCAUCAUCCUCCUCCUCCUCCGUCUGCGCUGCGACCAACUGCAACGACAUGCACUGGAGUGUGUGUGUGUGUGUGUGAGAGAGAGAGUGUGUGUGAGUGAGUGUUAACCGUGAGGUCAGGGGUCAGCUGCAGUGGUUAUUAAUGUGAGAGUGUGUUUGUGUUCACGGUGAGGUCAGAGGAGUGUGUGUGUGUGUGUUUGUAUGUGUGUGUGUGUGUGUGUGUGUGUGUGUAAAUGAUGAUGAUUGUUUGAGUCCAGAUGUUCAGCACAAACUGGACAAACCUUCACUCUCAGACGUAAUCCUCAAAAUGACUCCUCUUUCCUUUUAUUCUGUUCAUUUUAUUCUAAAAUGCUCAAUGUUUUAGUGUUUGUACUGAUUUUAACUGGCUAUAUGUAAAAAUAAGUGAAUGACAUCAGUUCAUGUAUGUGUGUGUGUGUGUGAUGCCGGCAUUAAGUGACACGUGAUGUUGAUAAUUACCCAUGAUCCUCCACACACACACACACACACACAGAGAGCUGUAAGAGCCGUUCACACAGAACACGUUUGUUCGGAUCUGAUCUGAACUUGAGCAGCGAGGCUCUGAGAGAGACUCCAGUUCAGUGAUUCUGUGUGAACAUGAACCCUAAACCCUGAUGAUGAUGAUGAUGAAGGCUCAGCUUGUUGCUCAGGUGAAAAGGGAAAUGAAUGAAUGUGAUUCUGAAACGAUCUUGUUUCAUAAGACAUUUAAAGUGCAUGCCAGUGACAUCAUCA